AUGCGAAAGUGCAGGCGUUUAAAGGGCCACAAUAGCCACACCUCAGACGGUCCGGACUACAGCAAUCCCUCAUCGCCAUCGCGGAGUCGGAAAUGGCGGAAAAAGCCACCUUACCCACCGAGAAGCAUCCAGGUCGAAAACGUGGAUGGGUUGCAUCGCCGACUGUCGAACCGUCAGAUCCAAUGGAUCGCUAUUGGAGGCUCAAUUGGAACAGCACUGUUCGUGAGCAUCGGAUGGGGGCUUGUGGAGGGCGGACCGGGCAGUCUAUUCAUCGCUUUCGCGGGCUACUGUGCCAUCUUGGCGCUUGCGAAUAGCUGCAUGGCUGAGAUGAGCGUCUUCAUGCCGGUUGUGGGUGGUUGGGUGCGCAUGAGCUCGAAAUGGAUCGACGAGGCCUACGGUUUCAUGGCAGGAUGGAAUUUCUUUCUUUACGAAGCUGUGCUCAUUCCUUUCGAGAUCUCCGCGCUGAACCUUGUCUUGACAUACUGGCGAGAUGAUAUCCCUGUCGCCGCUGUUGUCGCUGCCUGUAUUGUCCUCUAUGGAAUCAUCAAUCUUUUCGCUGUCCGUGCAUAUGGUGAGAGCGAGUUCUGGCUGGCCUCUGGUAAAGUCCUUCUGAUUUUCAUGCUCUUCUGCUUCACAUUUGUCACUAUGGUCGGUGGUAAUCCCAAGCAUGACGCAUACGGAUUCCGAUACUGGAAAAACCCAGGCUCCUUUGCAGAAUACAUUCACACCGGUAACCUUGGGCGUUUCGAAGGCUUCCUCGGUGCCUACUUUCAAGCCUCAUUUACCAUCGUAGGCCCAGAGUACGUUGCCAUGGUUGCUGGCGAAGCCAUCUAUCCUCGCAAAACGAUUAAGGCUGCCUUCAAGACUAUGUACUUCCGCUUCGGCAUCUUCUUCAUAAUGGGCGCGCUCUGCGUGGGUAUUGUCUUGCCCUACAACGACAAAACCCUCAACGACCUCCUGAGUACCCAAGGAACAGGGACGGGCGCAUCCUCGCCUUACGUCAUCGCGAUGAAGAAUAUGGGAAUUAGUGUACUUCCGGAUUUGACGAAUGCGCUCAUGGUCACUUCGAUCUUCUCUGCUGGAAAUUCAUACGUCUACUGCGCAACCCGCACCCUCUACUCCCUUUCCAUUGAUGGCCACGCCCCGCAGUUCCUCCAAAAAACUACCAAAGCCGGAGUCCCCAUCUACUGCUUCUGCGUCACCAUGGUGUUCCCACUCCUCGCUUUCCUCAGUGUUGGUCGUGCGGCCUCUGAAGGCGUGAAAUGGCUCGCUAACAUAACGCAAGCUGCGCAACUGAUGGACUACAUAUUCAUGUGCACGCUCUAUCUCUUCUUCUACCGCGCCCUGAAAGUUCAAGGUUACGACCGCAACUCCCUCCCAUACAAAGGCUGGGGCCAGCCCUAUGUCGCCAUCCUUGGGGUCAUUCUCUUCUCCAUAACCCUGGCGAUCUACGGCUACGCUACUUUCUACGCCUUCGAUGUCGGCACGUUCUUUACAUAUUAUGCUAUGUGCUUCAUAUGCAUCAUCCUUUGGGUCGGAUUUAAGUUAAUCAAGCGAAGUAAAUUUAUCAGGCCUGAAGAUGCAGAUCUGGUCUGGGAGAGACCGAAGAUUGACGCGUAUGAGGCAAGACAGAAAAAGAAGAAGACGGCGGAGGUUGCGUAG